AUGGACAAUAUUACUUCUUUGGUUCAAUAUGGAGGAAAUUGGAAUGAAAACAACGAGUACCAAGGAUACACAAUGACUGGGAUAUUAAUACCACCAAAUUGUUCUCUUGACAACUUGGUGAAUUUGAUAAAAAAGGAGAUAAAGGAAAAAACAGCAACUAUUGAAGUUUCUUAUCAAGUAGAAAAAGGAACACCACCAAUGAAGGUUGAAACAGACAAUUCAGUGUUGUUCUUCCUGGAAAUAAAGAAAAAAGUUGCUGCUAAAAUAACAGACUUACCAUUGUGUGUCACUAUAGUUCAAGAAUCAAGCAAUGAAAAUGACAUUCUUCUACUAGCAAAUCAGAAAGCUACAACAGAAGAAAUGGAGGUGGGGACAUUAUUAAUGCAAGCAAAUCAAGCUUCCAUCAAUGAACAAAUGUUACUUGAAGAAGGAAUAUCAAGCACAACAAAUGAGGGCAUAAAUGUGUCAUACAUACCUCAUUUUGCUGAAGAAGUAGUUGAUUUCAUAAUUGAGGACAAUACAAAAAGAAAAAAGAAGUUGGAUGAAAUCCAACUAGUAAUAUCUGAUUACAGAGUGAAUACAAUAGAGCAAGGACAAAUUUACAAGGAUAAGAACACAGUCAAAUCAGCCCUUAGCUACUAUGCAAUGCUACAUAACUUCCAGUUCAAAACAAAAAGAUCAGAUGCUAGAGAGUACCUAGUUACUUGCGCAGAUGAAACAUGCAACUGGUUGGUGAGAGCAUCUAAGUACAGAAAUCAAGAUUUAUUCAAGGUACGGAAAUGCAAUCAAAAUCACACUUGCUCUGUUGAAAUUGUUUUGGAAGACCAUAGGCAAGCAAAAAACAUCAUAGUUGGGGAAUUAAUAAAGAAUAAGUACAAGUCAAUCAAAAGAAAUUACACUCCAAAUGACAUCAUGAAUGAUAUGAAUGAUGACUUUGGAGUAACUAUGGGAUACACAAAAGCAUGGAGAUCAAGAGAGAAAGCUUUGUGUCUAGUAAGAGGGAACCCCGAUGAUUCAUAUCAAAAGCUGCCAAUAUAUCUUUACAUGUUGAAGCAAGCAAAUCCAGGAACAAUAACACACCUACUCACAGACAAGGAGGAUAGAUUCAAAUACCUAUACAUAGCUUUCUCUAACUCAAUCAAGGCAUCAACGUUAGAUUCAAACAACAACAUUUUCGUGUUGGCUUUUGGAAUAUCAGACUCUGAAAAUGAUAACUCAUGGCUUUGGUUCUUCUCCAAACUGCGAGAAACCUAUGGAGAACCCGAAGGAUUGGCUAUAGUUUCUGACAGACAUAAGAGCAUAGACAAUGCAGUACAUAUGGUGUACCCAAAUGCUUUCCAUGGAGCUUGCAUGUUUCACUUACUCAUUAAUUUGAAAGGCAAGUAUGGGAGCCAUGGAGAAGAACUACAAAUGAAAUUCAUUGCAGCAGCAAAAGCAUACACAAAGACAGAAUGUGAAAACUACAUGAAAGGCCUUGAUAGAAUUGAUAGACGCAUUAGGCCCUAUUUAGAAAAAGCCAAGUAUGAAACUUGGGCAAGAUCAUACUCGCCAACAAAAAGAUACACCAUGAUGACAUCCAACAUCGCAGAAUCACUCAACGCUGCACUAAAAGCUGCAAGAAAUCUCCCCAUUGAUAUCUUGGUUGAAUGCCUUAGAAGUUUGGUUCAAAAGUGGGUUUGGAACAACUCAAAUAAUGCAAAUGGAACAUUCACAAAAGUUUCUACAGCAACAGAAAAUGAAUUGAGACAUGACAUUGUUUCAAAAAUGAAGUAUGAGGUCUUGCCUUUCAACACAAUAGAAUACCAAGUUCGUGAUCAAAAGGGGAUAAAUUUCACAGUAAAUAUACAUAAUAGAACAUGCACUUGCAAUAGGUUCCAAGAAGAUGAAAUACCUUGUGGCCAUGCAGUAGCUGUCAUUGCAAAAAGAAACCUGAGUGUGUAUGAUUAUUGUGCAAAAUUCUACAGAAUAGAAACGUUGAAAGCAUUGUAUCAAGAAAAUGUUCAUCCUUUGCCCCAUAAAGAUGAAUGGAAUCUCCCACAACACUUGGACAUAAUAGUGCUGCCUCCAAAUGCAACAAUCCCUGCAGGAAGACCAAGAAAGAAACGAAUAAGAUCAAGAGGGGAAAAUAAGGUAAUAAUCACCUGUGGGAAAUGUGCACAACCAGGACAUAACAGGAAGACUUGCAGGAAUCCUCAAUUUCAGAAGCCAAACAAACAGAAAAUGCCAAAGACAUAG